AUGCCGGCCACCACGCUGUUUGGGUGCAAGCUGCGCCAGCUGUCCACCGAUUGCACCUUGUUCUACUUCAUGGUGGCGCUAGUGCAAACGUGCAAGCCCGGCACGCAGUCGGCACCGCAGCAAUGGGCGGUGACGUUCACUCUGCUCGCGCUCUUCUUGACGCAAGCUGCCAUCACCUGCGGCGCCUUUCUGGUCACAUUCAGAGGUACGCCGUUGGAGCCCUCCAAGCGGCGCUGGGUCACGAUCCUCACCUACUUGUACCUCGCCUCCGUUCCAAUCAAUAUUGGGCUGCUGGCAUGGGGCGCCUGGGUGGUGGAGGCUGGCGACGGGACCUGCUGGAGCAGCGGCAACAAGUCCAUGCCAGCCACGAUUGUUUUUGGGGCGAUCGGGGUGCUGGUGGGACAAAUCGUGGGGGUGCUGGUCACGUGGAACCAGCUGAGUGAUGUGGAGGCAGGGGUGGUCUGGCACGCUCUCACCCGCACAGGCACCAGCAAUCUGGUCCACCUCAUCCGCAGCCACAAGCAGGAGCACAGGGGUCCCCCGGCGGCGCUGGAGGAAAUGGCGACUCAGCUGCAGCGACUGAUGGUCAGCAUCGAUGGGGAGAAGACCGAUGCGGCAGCUGGCCUGGUUUGCGCCAAGCUGCUGCAGGAUGAGGCGGCAGCAGCCGCAGGAGCAGGCGUGCAGCGGCAGGAGGAGCAGGGAGACAGCAGGGCACCUGCGGCCGCUGCCCCAGCCGCCGCAGCAGCUGGAGGCGAUGGCAAGGGCGACCUCAGCCUGCGGUCUUCACAGUUGUUAGCUUGGGCAGAGGAGGUGUGCCGAGCGGCGGCAGCUGCCUGCCCAGCAGCAGCUGGCAGACCUGCCGGGGCAGCAGACGUGCAGCAGGCGCUACAAUGGGCGCUCUUUGCUACAGCCGCCUAUGGGGCCCGCCAACACAUGUGGCGGCGCGGCAAGCAAGGCAGCUGCGCGACGCAGCGGCAGCUGAGUCGCCUGGCUGCAGCCGCACGCGCCGAGGGCGCACAGCCACUUGCAGGCUGGGGAGGGCUGGCGGCGGCGGCGGCGGCCAGUGGCCUCGGAGCCAGGGCGCCCAGCAAGGCAGAGCACAGGGACUUUGCGGCGGCGCGGGAGCUGCUGGGGGCCGGCUGCCAGAUCGUGUCCUUCAGCUCUGGCCACAAGAAGCGCGGCCUGCUCCCACACCUGCUGGCGCUAAACAGGCAAGGCAAAUCGACCGGGCAAGUGCAACAACCGCGGCUGACCAUGGCGCCCAGGCCAGAGCAGGGCUGGCGUGGACAACUCUGGGAGAAGCAGGCGGUGGUGCUGGGCAUUGCAGGCGACUGGCAGCGCCCGCCGCCUGUACCAGUUGUGGAGCCUGCGCCGACGGAGUGGCUGCCAGGUUCAAAUGGCACCAGUGCGGCAGCAGCCGAGGCGGGGCAACAGAAGUUAUCGGCGACAGCUGACGGCAACGGCGGCGUUGCUUGCAGCAAGGAGCAGGCGGUUUGCGGGUGGGUGCAUAGAGACAGCCUCAAGGCGGCGACCGUGUUGUUGGAAGAGCUGGAGCGCAGCCAGCUGCUGCAGCAGCUCCUCCGGCCUGGUGCAGCUAGCGCCGGCAGCCUGGUACAGGGGCUGGACUGCAGCGGCUGGCAGCUGGUGCUGUCGGGGCAUGGCCUGGGCGCCGGCGUGGCGGCUCUGUUGGCAAUCAGGCUGCAGGCCUGGCAGCUGGGCCCGCUGUCGGUGUGGGCCUACUGCCCACCCGGCGAGCUGUGCAGCGGCGACCUGGCUGCAGCGCUGGGCUCGGCCUGCUCGCUGACGGCGGUGCUGGUGGGCGACGACCUGGCGCCUCGUGCCAGCUCAGCAGCCGUGCGCGCGCUGGUGGAGCAGGCGAUUGUGGGACUGGCCCGCCUCAGGUACUCCAAAACUGGCCUGCUUGUGGCGUUAAUCGGCGAGGUGCUGGGCCCCAAGCGCUGGCACCGCCGAUGGGUGAACCCCAGGCGGGCGCUACGGCCGCUGAGCGAGGUGCCGCCCGAGGCUCUUGCCUUCCUGCAGAGGUACCGAGACUGGCAGCAGGAGCAGGAGCAGCAGCAGGCAGGCAGCCUGCCAGGUCGCGUGCUGCUGCUAUCCCGGCUGCCGGCUGUGGCGGGCGCUGCCGAGGCAAGCGGCCUCGCCGACAGCGGCAACGGCAGCAGCUCCGCCAGCAGCGCUGCUGACGACCGACCUUGCCAGGGCUGGCGGGCAGGCUGGAUGGGCGGCGGCGAGGUUGCGCAGUGGGGCAUCCGGGUGUCGCGCCACGCCACCUCUGACCAUUACGUCAGCCGCCUGCUGGGCGUGCUGGGUGACCUGGCGGCCGCCUCCUCGCCGAGUGGCACAGCAGGCUUGUGA